AUGGUUUGGCAAGGUAGAAAUACCUCUGCGGGGGUUGGAGGUCCGUCGCGUGAUCUGUCACAAAGAGGUCCACGAUUGCGGCCUCAUAGUAAAUUGGUAGGUUUUUCGAGCAAACGUGCAGUUUCUCUUCAUACUGCGCUGUUAAAGAAGUUUGAAAACUCGCAAUGUUAUAGGGAUUGGAAAAGAUAUGAAGGUGAAGGGAUUGGAGUCGUUCACAAAGUCUUAGAAUAUUUAAAGGUGGCAAGAGAUUCAACGUCGCUAUGGUACCGUGACGGUUUUCAAUCCAGCUAG